GAAAAGUUCGUAAUACUCUAUUCUUUUAAUUAAGCACAUCGGCCAUUCCAUUUUAAGCCGUGAAACACCAGCUGGAAACAAAUCUCAGCUCUCAAGUCUCCUGAUGGCUUCGGAAGACGUAUUUCAUUGUGGAGCAAAUUUAGAAUUUUUACCAGAUAUCGAUAUUUUCCGAAACGGUUCAUUAAGUGAUGAUGAAACCGAUUUGAGUUCUCCGUCCUCGUGUGGCACUCCUACAGAUGGCUUGGACUCCUUUAUAUUUGAUAUCCCAGAAUUGAUCUUACCUUCGUCCACAUCAUCACUGAAUUCCCAGUGCAGUACGUUCAACGCUAAACAUUACAUCCCAACAGAAAGUGAAGCAAUCAACUACAUUGAAGAAAAAAGUUUUCAUCAAACACUGCGAAAGCAUAGUAUUCCUGAUCAAAUGAAGGACGAAAAGUACUGGAAACGAAGGCUCAGGAAUAACAGAUCUGCGAAAAAAUCCCGUGAGGCAAAGCGCGUCAAGGAUGAUUUUCUUAAAAGUCGGAUGGCGUUUCUAGAAAUGGAAAACAAGCGAUUGAAGAUGUUAGUUGGUACAUUGUUGGCAGAGAAGCAAAAUCAGGGUCAAAAUGCAAUCCCUUGGCCUUGCUGGCACUCAAAUAUGGCUCUAUAGUUUAAGAAAAGAUCUAGUUUUAUUAUUAACUUGGAAAAAAUCGCGCGCUUUAAAGGUUGUAAAUUUGAUGUAAAUGAUUUCCAUUACAUUUACAGAAGUUUGGACACUUACAUCAUAUUUACAUCAAAUUUACAACCUAAAAAAGUCUGAUAUAUAAAAUCUAAGUCUCUUUGUGUGUUUGCUGGUGUGACAGAUAUGCACUCCCUCGUUACAGUAUCCAAAUAAUAGGACAGCGAGCAGCAACGGAGAGCGUUUGGGAUAUCUGUGAUCAUGGGCAAUUCCAAAGAACUUCCUUGGCUGGAUAGUGAUGAAUAAAAUCUUUGUUUAGUGAAAUGUCCGUGAGAUGAGGCACCUUAUACCUGAUACCUGGUACCUUUCAGGGUGAAUCUUACUAAUUUCCAUAAACGAAUAAAAACGACAUCAAUUCGUAAUAAUUGAUUGUUUGAUUAAUUAUUUAGGAGUUGGUACGUUUUAGGAGUAAGAAUUUUAUAUAUUGCCAAUUUAAUUCAUAGUUCCAACAAAUCAAACGCGUCAUUCGCGCGCGCGGGAUUGGCCAAUCAGAAUAGAGGACACGUUAUGGCAGCCGGGAAUUUUACAAUCUCGUUCCAGAGCCCGCGUUCCUCUUGGCCUGAGGGCGCGAGCAACCACGAACUCUGGCCUAAUCCAUAUUUUGCGCGCUUUUCGUUGGUCGAUAGAAUUCCUCAUUACGAAUGCGGACGUCUCCGGAAGUAAAAUUUGACCAAUCAUAGUUGCAAAAAACAGCGCCAAAAUUCGG